AUGAAAAUUAAGGGUGUGAAUCGUCACGGCAUACAACGUGCAUUUGUACCCUGUGGAAAGUGCGAAGAGUGUCGUAAUAUGGAGCGUUCCGCUUGGCAGUUCCGUUUUCAAUGUGAAGUUGAGGAGUAUGUCUAUCAUAAAGGUACUUGUUGCUCUCCUUUGUUUGUGCCUGUUCCGUGUUUUUCAAAGAAAGACAUUCGUGACCUUAUUCACGGCCUCCGUAAACAUUUAAACAAGAAAUAUGGUGUAAAGCGUUUAGUCUAUCUCGUAUGCUCCGAGUAUGGCGAGAAUACGAAGCGUCCUCACUAUCACGCUUCUUUCCUGUUCCCUCCUGAAGUCCCUGCCGAGGAGUUCUAUCAAUGCAUUCGUGACUUGUGGUGUGCUGAAGAAAAAUACAUCGGGCAGACUCGUAGAUGGUUCGGAAAUCAGUAUCGCAUUGUAGUUGAAAAGGCGAGACGUAACAAGGGCUUUACUUGUCCUCGCCAGUUUGAAGGUUAUGGACGUGAAAAGCCUUUUCUCGUAUCUACUGGCGAUGCUUCUCACGCUUGUAUCUAUACUGCAAAGUAUGUAUCCAAGGAUGUGUAUUACCUUCAGGAUUUGCCUUACGAUAAACUAAAUUUUGAUAACUCUUAUAUGGAUAUUGAGGAGUGUGAAGAUGCUGAAAUCCCUAAUUUUGAGAAACUUCCCGACAUUCGUAACUAUCUUCCGUUUCAUAUGCAAACUCGCUCGCUCGGUAUGGGCAUCUUGCAUAAUAAAUCAGAUCAUGAGAUUAUGGAUUUGUUUAAGAACGGAGUCCACUUUACUGGCUCAACGAAUGCAAAGCCGCAAUGUGUACCUACUUACAUUAAGAACAAGAUUCUUUUCACUCCUUAUUAUAUCGUUGGCGAAGAUGGGAGACGUCUCGUACGUAGACAAGCCUCGGAGUUUUUCAAUAAAAAUUACAAAGAAGUAUAUAAAAAGAAGGUAGACUUUUAUGAAGGAAUCAUCAAAGACUUGUCUAAUUCGGAUUUUUUUAAAUCUCGUAACCUUCCUAGUGAGCAAGCGGAUAAAUGGGCUAAAGAAGUAGGUUCUUUAGUUUCCUUGUCAGGUAUGUCUAAUCGUCUACUUGCUGAAGGUUACGUCCUUUACUAUGGCAUUGAUUACAAUUACUCUUAUCGCAACGAAAAUGAUAGAGCGAUGUGUAAGUCGGAACUGAUUAGUUAUGAUGAUUGGACUAUCAUCCAAAAUUUUUGGUCAAUUGUGCUUGGUCUACACGGAUUGACUACUAAACGAGACAAGACCGAUGAAGAAAAACUUAUAGAUAUGGUUGCUGACUAUCAUAAGCAUCUUGACGAAAGUGCUUUUGUAGAAAGUGGCUAUAUCAAGGAGAAUGAAUAUGCCUUUUAG